CCAUUCGUCAAUCAGUUGAGAUUCUGUUUGCUGAACAAUAAGUUGCUUCAGCUAUAGUUGGAUAAUAAUGAAGGUUUUCGUGGUUUUGUGUCUUUUCGCUGUUGCUGUUCAUUCGGCGCCGCAAUAUGGUAAACGAGGACAUGGACAUGGUGGUGGCGGCGGCGGUGGAGGAGGCGGUGGUGGCUUUGGCGGAGGAUAUGGUGGAGGUGGUGGAUAUGGCCAAGGAGGUCAAGGAUUCGGUCCAGGUGGAGGCGGUGGAUUUGGUAGUGUUCAACCAGGAUAUGGUGGUGGUGGAUUUGGAGGUGGAGUGAAGCCAGGAUAUGGAGGAGGAAACUACGGAGGAGGACCUGGAGGAGGCGGUGGUUUCGGUGGUGGACAUGGAGGUGGUGGAGGAUUUGGUGGCAACCAAGGAGGUGGUGGAGGACUUGGAGGACACCAAGGAGGCGGUGGAGGAUUUGGUGGACAUCAAGGUGGGGGUGGAGGCGGACAUCAAGGAGGUGGUGGAGGAUUUGGGGGUCAACAGCAAUUAGGAGGACAUGGUGGUGGUGGCGGUCCAGGAUUAGGAGGUGGAUUUGGUGGUGGCGGUUCCAGUAGUAAUGCAAUAGCUAGUGCCAAUGCUCAAAGUUCAAAUCAUGGUGGUCUGAGCUCUUCCAAUGCACAAGCUAGUGCUACAUCAUCAGCAGGCAACAACCCUCAUUCCUAUGGUUAAAUUGUUCCUAUUGUAAGAUUUUUUUUU